GAUGGCUAACUGUACCUUUCCGAGAUACAGUGACAGUGACAUCAUUGUACAUAUCCGCAACUCUGUGCUUACUGGAAGUGAGGCCAAAAACUUUUCCAAAAGUGACUUAUUUCCAAAUGUUAAGCCUGAAGUACUGCACAUGAUCUUCAUGAGAGUCUUACAGAGUGUAUAUGGAAUCCGUCAGGAACACUUUUACAUGAUGCCAGUAACUUUUGAAACUGCACAUCCCCAGAUUUUUGAAGGCUUCCUGUCCAUAGGGAAUCUAUUUAUUAACAUGGAGCGGUUUUUCCCAAUCUGCCGUGUCAAUGGCUUCCAGAUUGCCGAUGUCAUAAAUCCAAAAGCGAAGAAGACAGCUCGUUUUUUGAGUGGCAUUCUUAACUUUCUUUUCUUCCGUAACUCACGACUUGAGGUCUACCUGGAAAUCCAGAACACAUAUAAAUCAGCUAUGGAAAGAGAGCAGCGACUUCAGAUGGCAAUCCAGGAGGCAACAUUGAAGCUGGAGAAGCUUGAUACUAUCCCAGCAGAUCAACAAGUAGAGUUCAAGGAGCUGUCUCAAGAUAUUCAAGAGUUGGAGAAAAAACUCAACCAAGAAUAUCGGCAGAAAACGAGUGUUUUGCAAGAAGUGAUCCACCAAAAAAGAAUGGAAACCGCAGAAAAAACCCAGAAUCUGAAUGACCUAAAACUGACCAUAUGUAAUCUAAAAGAAGAACAAGAGCAACUGAAAUCCAAGAUUACAGAGUCUCCAGAGGAGCUGACUAAUUGCAAAGAACGUCUGAAGCAGACAAUACAGAAAAUCAAGAAAGACAAGCAAGACAUCAUUGAGAAGUAUGAAGCUUAUAGAGAUCUGGUAGAGAUGUUUCCAUCAUGUCAAUUGGAGGUACAGUUGUACCAGAAGAAAAUGCAAACCCAAGGAGCAAACGUGGAUAAAUUGCUGAAUAUAUUGGCAGAGAUCCGAACCUUAGAGGACCAAAUAGAGAAUAGCAAAAGCGGACUCAAGAAUGCCAAGACGGAAGAAAUGUCCUUGAAAAGACUGGUUACUGUUAAACGGGAAAAACUUGCCACUACUGAAUUCAAAUAUAAAAAGAUACAUGAGGAUAUUGAACAGCGCAAGCAGGCAAUUACUGAGUAUUGUGACAAAUUUCAGGAGAAAAGAGGAGCUGUCUGUGAGAAGCUGACAGCAACUCACACAGAAAACAAGCGGCUCAAAAAUGCUAUUCAGCAGCUAAAUGAUAAUGUUGGAAAAGAGAAAUUGAAAGCUCAGGAGAUCUACCUUAGCCUGAGGGUUGGCUUGGAGAAAUAUCACGAAAAUCUGGCGAGGAUUGUGGACAGCUACACAUCUGGAAGAGAAGACAAGAUUGCUGAGUUAGCGAGACUAUUUUGAUUUAAUAAUUCUGCUACUGUUACUGUAACCUUCGCCUUCAGACUACUUUUAUUGCAGGAAACAAUUUAAAAUAAGGUUUGGGUUUUUUGGCCUUGGAUCAGGGGAAAAGCUGGUUCUGUUUAAUGUUGGAUAGAUCUUGUAGUAGUACAGAUUGAUAUAUCAUAUUAGGUGGAGAAUGUUGAUCAUUCCACCUGCAGUAUGUUUUCUUUGCUAGUUCAUCUUUUUUUUCUAAGCUAACAAGUGUUCAGUUCUAGAGUUUGCAGAUCCUUUGUGGAGAAGGGUGCACAGAGGAAGACCAUCUCCAGGUUUCCCUCAUGCCUGUACUUUCCAAGGAAUGGCUGCACUGAGACAAGCAAGCAGUGAGUGCCCUUGGAAUGGGAAGGUGCAAUCCCCGGUCCGUGUUCAUUUCCACUGGUGCACUAGGAGACUUUGCUACACCUUAAAAACAAAAACGUGUAUUUGUGGUGCUAGGGUCAUUGCAUCUCUGAACAAUGUUUUUGAAUUAUUCAAUAAAAAUGUGUACAAUAAGGA